AUCAAAUCUCCUUUCCACCACAUCUGCCAUCCGCGCAAGAUCAAUUUAAUUUUCGGUUCUACAUUCAAGUGAACACCCAAGAGCCCUCGCACUCGAUCCCUUAGAAUAUCACAACAGAUUCUCGGCGCGACCAACACCAUCACAUUUCCUCUAUUAUUGCCUGCACACGUCACGGAACACCCCAAGAACAAUUCUUCUGCAGAGCGCAUCAUUUGUACAGAUCUCGCCCGCCCGCCCGUGGUCUCAGCCUCGCCGUUAAUACCUCACUCACUCCGAAGCGGCAUCCCUCUAGAAGCAUCAUCGAAGGACGCGCUGAGCUCAUAGCGAUACCUCGUCCAUCUCAAUCGCGCAACCGCACCUCUCCUACCGAACCGCACGAGUCUAUAAAAGCUACACACAAUGGGGGGCCAGAUCUCCAAGAUGAUGGGGAAGAUCUUUGGAUCCAAGGAAAUGCGAUUGUUGAUGUUGGGCUUGGAUGCUGCCGGAAAGACUACGAUUCUCUACAAAUUGAAGCUCAAUCAAGAUGUUACGACUAUUCCUACCGUGGGGUUCAACGUCGAGACGGUCACAUAUAAGAAUGUCAAGUUCAAUGUUUGGGAUGUGGGAGGACAGGAUAAGAUCAGACCGUUAUGGAGACAUUAUUUCAGUGGUAUGUUUCGAGUCUCCUUUUACGAGAUGUGGAAAGCCCAGGCGGUAUUUUGGAAGGAGACAGCAGAUGCGCUAGGGCGCGUUUGACAUGUGGAAAUACCGGGCAAGUGCUGACCUUUCAAUCACAGGUACCCAAGGAUUGAUAUUCGUCAUCGACUCGAGCGAUAAGGCGCGCAUAGAGGAGGCCAAAUCAGAAUUACACCGAAUUAUCAAUGAUAGAGAAAUGAAAGAGUCACUAUUACUUGUAUUCGCCAACAAACAAGACAUUCCCGGAGGUAUGUAUCCCCUGCACGCUCGUAUGAUGAGGCAGCUUCUGAUAAAAUGGCGCAGCAAUGAAACCACAAGAAGUCACGGAAGCACUAAAGCUCAAUUCACUGAAGGACAAGGUCUGGUUCGUAGUACCAAGUUGUGCCACUACAGGCGAAGGAUUAUUGGAAGGCUUGGUAAGAUUGUCAAGCUGAUUUCCUCAUUUUCUGAUAUUGAAAGCUGACUCCUAUUUCCCAUAAUAGGCAUGGCUUUCCAAUAACGUCAAAUCACCACCCGCAGGCACAGUCUCAAAGAAGUAGAUCAAUUGCAUGUUACCUCCACCCUCAACAACAUACACUCUACGUUUGUUCCAUGUCACAAUUACAAGGCCCAGAAGGAGUUGAAUCCUGGCUGCUGUAAAGUCAGUCAUACACCAGGAUUGUGGUUGCACUUUUGGCUACAGCUCACGGGGACCAUUUUACGGCCUCAUCCUUUUCCCGCGCCAUUUCCCAACUUCAUUGUCCACAACCACACCAACUUUCUACAAUCGUGCUUCCUACACAUAAUUCACAGCGCCACUUGUACAUUUAACUCACGCAGCGUCUCUGUUUAUUCUUGUUCUUCUAUGUUUUUCUCAUUUCUAUAGUUUUCUUGUGCGGUCCAUUCACGGCGGCGAUACCAACCUUUUUUUUUCUUUACUUCUUCACGUUGGGCAGGCAGGCAGGCAUCUGGAGGACGAUUCUUUACUUGAGGGGGAAUUCCGAGAGUUGAACGAGUCUAAGAGAAGGAUGGGAACAGCUCUUUUUGAUAUCAGAAAACUCAAUACAUGCCAUGCCUCCAAACCCAACUGGGAAAACUGCGCCGGGCACGCAAAUGGCGUUCUUCGCGGUCCUCUCUCUCUUGUUUUUGUGCUUCUGUAUGUACUGCCACUGGCGCCUGCGUUGUUGAUGGAUGGCU